UCCGCACCUAUCUGCCGUGUUCGUUGAUAAACGCAGGCGCCGGCGCACCGCGCGCAGUGAUGGCGGGAUUUCGCGCGUGUCUGCUGGCCGCGGCCGUAUGCGCUUAUGCGCUUUCAGAAGAGAUCGUGUCCACACCAAAACCGAAAAAGGUUUUGGACACGGUCAUGAACCCUUCGUACAUUCCAGCCAAAGAAAAACAUGGUAGCUACUGGAGGAAGCUGGCAUCUACCACCUUGAAGUCCAAGCUGAAGGAGACCCCCAAUACGAAUAAGGCGAAGAAUGGGAUCUUGUUUAUAGGAGAUGGAAUGUCGAUCACAACUGUGAUGGCGGCCAGGACAUUUGCGGGGCAGUUGGAUCGAGGACUUGGGGAGGAGAACGUGCUGGAAUUUGAGAAGUUCCCCGUCACUGGGUUGGCUCGGACAUACUGCCUGGACGCCCAAGUGGCCGAUUCAGCCUGCACUGCCACGUCAUACCUCUCAGGCGUUAAGACCAAGUAUGGCGUCAUUGGCCUGGACGGCAACGUCACCAGAGGGUCCUGCUACCCUCAGCUGUAUAAGGGCAACAGGGCCCUCUCUAUUGGGGAAUGGGCGUUAAAAGAAGGACUGGACGUUGGUCUAGUAACAACAACGCGGGUGACCCAUGCGUCCCCAGCAGGAAUGUACGCGCACACUUCAGACAGAAACUGGGAGGCGGACGCCGACGUGCCUGAGGAGUGUUUAGCGCUCGGCUGCAAGGACAUCGCCCACCAGCUCGUCAUGGGCUACCCUGGGAAGCACUUCAAGGUCAUCAUGGGCGGAGGCCGCAAGGAGAUGCUUCCCAACAUGUCCAGCGCGCUCGGUCCCAGCACUGGGCGGAGGCUGGAUGGGCUGGACCUGACGGAGGUGUGGCAUGAGGACAAGGUCCGGAGGAACGCCACUCAUCAGUACGUGACUGAUAGGAAUGAACUUUAUAAGGUCUACAACUCCGACGAGCUUCCAGAAUACCUAAUGGGCCUGUUCCAUGACGACCACAUGAGCUACCACCUGCAGGCUCAGAACCAGCCGACCCUCGAAGAGAUGGUGGAAGUCGCCAUCAAGAUGCUGAGCAGGAACGAGAAAGGAUACUUCUUGUUCGUUGAAGGUGGCAGAAUCGACCACGCCCACCACGACAGCUUAGCACACCUGGCCCUCGACGAGACAGUCGAGUUCUCCAAAGCCAUCAAGAAAGCCAAGUCCCUUACGAGUGAGCAGGACACACUGAUCGUGGUCAGCUCCGACCAUGCCCACACUAUGACGGUAGCUGGGUAUCCUUCAAGAGGCAACGACAUUCUGGGGACAGUGGACACGGCCACUGGAGCUGAUAACAUACCGUAUACUACUAUAAGCUAUGCAAAUGGGAAGGCUGAUUCGAUUAGUGCCGAUGGGAAGAGGGUCGAUGUGACGCUGCAUCAGCAGUUUAUGAAUCGUGACCUAGGCUACUCCUACCCAAGCUUAGUUCCCCUCGACUCCGAGACCCACGGUGGAGAAGACGUAGCCGUCUUCGCAGCAGGACCCUGGCAGCACUUGUUCACCGCCAGCUACGAACAGAACCUCCUGCCCCAUAUGAUGGCAUACGCCAUGUGCAUUACAGAAGACAAGCACAGCAACUGUGCACCAAAGAUAAAGGAAAGCCGCUUCUGGACGACGGGAGCUGGAUCCAGGAUUAAAGCGUCGUAUGUUAGUUUCCUGACUGUGAUAGUAACGUUAAGGUAUUUUUACUGAAGUAUUAUGGAGGCAAGUGUUGGUAAGCUGAUCUUAAGUUGAGUUGGAAGCUUACAAAAUAUUGACUUUUGAACGGAUUGUCUGAUUUAGCACGAGAGGCCGUCGUUUUUUAUGAAGUGGCUGUUCUAGUGAAAUGGAGUCCUAAAUACCUAUCACUGGGAACAGUUACGUGAUCUAUUCAACUAUUGAGUUUAUCGCGAUGUUACAAAAUAUUUUGGGGAGCUUCAAUAAUAUGUAAUGUAGGACAUUUUUGAUAGCAAAAUACGUUUAUUUGUCAUCUUCCGUUAACCAAGUCAUAGUCAAUUUAUUCCAACUCAUGGUUUUAGUCAAACAUCGAGAGAGGUUUAUGAAUACGAGCCUCACUUUUGUGGUUGCCUAAUACAUCAAAUAAACAUGGAUUUGUUUGGUGAUACACACCGUAUCCAUGUGAUGGAACAAUAGAGUGAGAUAUAGAAACUAUUUAACAAUAAUAGAACAAUUCAUAAAACACACUUUUGUUCCUUUUAAAUAAAAUAUUUACCUAUGUAUUUAUGUAUUUUAUAACACUGGAAGACAUUUAUUUCUACUUUUCAAAAAGUCAAAUGUUUAAAUAUGUUCAAAAUGAGAACUAAAACUUGUACUACUUGUACAUAAAUUUAUUUAAAAUCCUUCGUUA